UACCUCUACUUACCCUAAAAUUAAUUAGGAGCAAUGAAGAAAACACACUAACUAUAAACAAAAUAUCAUUCCCUAAUCUCCUCCUCUUCCUUUUUUCUUAAAAAAAAGAUCUGUUUCUUUACAAUGGGUACUAUGGCGCAUUCCAGCCAGAAAGUGAACUUCGCUACACCAAGAAGUUUCUUUGCUACCUUGAAAUCUGAUUCCAAAGAAACUUUUUUCCCUGAUGACCCGUUUCGUCAAUUCAAGAAUGAGAAAAAACGCAGUGCAAGAUUCAAGAAAGCAGUCCAGUACUUCAUUCCUGUCUUUGAAUGGUUACCUAAGUAUAAUCUUCGCACGUUUCACUUCGACCUUCUCGCCGGUAUCACCAUUACCUCCCUUGCCAUACCUCAGGGGAUCAGCUAUGCCAAACUCGCUAAUCUCCCUCCUAUAAUUGGCCUCUAUUCGAGCUUUGUCCCGCCUCUCAUCUACUCGGUGUUCGGAAACUCAAAGCAUAUAGCAAUAGGGACGGUAGCAGCAUGUUCAUUGCUGAUUUCAGAUACCAUAGGACAAAAAGUAUCAUUUCAAGAUGAACCAGAAUUGUAUCUUCACUUGGUUUUCACUGUAACAUUCUUUACGGGAAUUUUUCAGUCUCUCUUAGGUCUUUUAAGAAUGGGAAUUCUGGUGGAUUUCCUGUCGCAUUCGACAAUUACCGGUUUCAUGGGAGGCACUGCAACUCUUAUCAUUCUGCAACAGCUCAAAGGCAUGCUUGGAAUGAAGCAUUUCACCACCAAAACUGAUGUGGUUUCUGUGUUGACUGCUGUUUUUAAAAAUCGACAUGAGUGGCACUGGCAGAGUGCAGUUGUUGGGGUCAUCUUCCUCAUUUUUCUACAGUUCACUCGGUUUCUGAGGAGGAGAAAGCCGAAUUUGUUUUGGGUGUCAGCCAUAUCUCCAAUGCUGGUGGUUGUAGCCGGCUGUCUUUUCGCCUAUUUUGCUCAUGCAGACAAACAUGGAAUUCCCAUAGUGGGUGAUCUACGUAAAGGGUUAAAUCCUCUAUCCAUCAAGUAUUUGAACUUUGAUUCUAAGUAUCUACCCCAGACUAUAAAAGCUGGUCUCAUCACUGGCCUUAUUGCUUUAGCUGAGGGGAUAGCUAUUGGAAGGAGUUUUGCCAUAAUGAGAAAUGAACAAGUUGAUGGUAACAAAGAGAUGAUAGCUUUUGGUUUCAUGAAUAUUGUUGGCUCCUUCACUUCUUGCUACUUGACCACCGGGCCAUUCUCGAAAUCUGCAGUGAAUUUCAAUUCAGGGUGCAGGACACAGAUGGCUAAUGUAGUAAUGUCAAUUUGCAUGAUGCUCACUCUGCUAUUCCUGGCUCCUCUCUUUAGCUAUACCCCUCUUGUUGCCCUAUCAGCCAUUAUCAUGUCAGCAAUGUUUGGGCUCAUAAAUUAUGAAGAGAUUAUUCACCUCUUCAAGGUUGAUAAAUUCGAUUUCCUUAUUUGCUUGUCUUGCUUCCUUGGUGUUGCCUUCAUAAGCAUGGACUAUGGUCUCAUGAUAUCGAUUGGGCUUGCUUUGGUGAGGUUAUUUUUAAAUGCAGCUAGGCCUGCUACUUGUAGGCUUGGUAAAAUACCAGACUCAAAUUUGUACCGUGACACAGAGCAAUACCCUGGAUUGACAAGGGUACCAGGAAUCCUUGCCUUGCAAGUUGGUUCCCCUAUCUACUUUGCCAAUUCCAAUUACCUACGGGAAAGGAUUCUCCGAUGGAUUAAAGAUGAAGAGGACAUUUCAGAUUCUAAGGGAGAACCUGUGGAGCAUGUUUUACUAGAUUUAUCAGGUGUUACAUCUAUUGAUAUCACAGGGAUUGAAUCAUUAAUCGAAACGCAUAAAAUUCUACAAGCAAGAGGGAUUAAGAUGGCGAUUAUAAACCCUAGGCUCGACGUUAUGGAGAAAAUGAUUAAAUCCCUCUUCACAGACAAAAUCGGGAAGGAAUCUGUAUUUUUGUCAGUAGAAGAUGCAGUAGAAGCAAGUUUAUUUUCGCUUUCAACAGAAACGAAAGGACGCUUAGCGAAUGUAUCGCAUGCAACAGAAACACAAGGAUGCAUGUCGGAACUUAAGAUGCAAGAUCUUACAACAGAACCCUUUAAGGCAAUACAGGGGAAUGAUCGUUUUGGUAACGAUGAUGGUAAUGCACGCCGUCCAUGAUGUCAAUGUAAUGGCUUUAGAAUGUUUUAUUGGUAGCGUUGGCUAAAAUCCAGAUUUUAGAUUGAUGCACUUUAGGUUAGCUUUUUUCUUGUACAAAAAGAAGGGUGAAAAAUAAGGAUUUCAACCAGCACUUGUAAAUUACUAUUAUUGAUAAUUUGCAAUGAGCAUGGACUAUAUGUGUUGUAAGAUUGUGCCAAAGUUAAAGUGGCACAAAGGUUUGGAGAAUAAUGCUAGAAGAGCAAUUAAUUUUAGUUAUUAAAGAUGAUUUUACAAUCAGAAAUUUAAUGAAAUAAAAGCAAGGGCAUUUGCAAUUUA